AUGGCAGCUGUGGACAGACCCCCUUGCGAUGGAGAAGGCGCGGGUGCAGUGUUAAUGGGUGGUGCUGGAGGUGUGGAGGCUGAGGGAGGCGCUGGAGCUGUUGUGGUGGGGGGCGCUGGGGUGUCAGCUGAGGGGGGUGCUGCAGGGCAGGAUAUAAAAAAGAGGUCAUACAAGGAGGUGCUGCCAUACCUGCAGGUGCUGCCAUACCUGCAGGUGCUGCCAUACCUGCAGGUGCUGCCAUACCUGCAGGUGCUGCCAUACCUGCAGGUGCUGCCAUACCUGCAGGUGCUGCCAUACCUGCAGGUGCUGCGACACAGGAGGAGCAGAAAGCGGGGCAUGUCUUGCAGAAGGCGCUGUCAGGGUGCUGCUCAACCUCACAGUUGGCAUUGUUUGGCGGGCAUGUCAGUGACGUGCCAUUAA